CUGCUUGAAGUGGAGGUUGUGGGUGGCACUAGAUGGGCCACCGGAGAGAAUUCCGGGGGCUAUGUCAGGUCGGUGGGUGUGUGUAUUGCAGGGGAAGAGUUGUGGACGGCGCAUCUGGCGUCUGUGGCAGUGGCGGGAUGCUUGGCGUUGGCGGCGGAGAAGUGGUCGCCGGCGGGAGGGGCGGCAAGUUGUUCGCCGGCGGGAAAGACGCCAGAUGUCGCAUGUACCCGGUGGUGUGUGUAUGUGUGUGUAUAUGUGUGUGUGUGUGUGUGUGUGUCAGGUCGCUCAUCUCUCGCCGGUGAGGAAGCCUAUGAGUCAUCGUCGGCGGGGAAGGCGAGCAGGAGGGGAAGAGUUGUGGACGGCGCAUCUGGCGUCUGUGGCAGUGGCGGGAUGCUUGGCGUUGGCGGCGGAGAAGUGGUCGCCGGCGGGAGGGGCGGCAAGUUGUUCGCCGGCGGGAAAGACGCCAGAUGUCGCAUGUACCCGGUGGUUCGCUCAUCUUUCGCCGGUGAGGAAGCCUAUGAGUCAUCGCUGGCGGGGAAGGCGAGCAGGAGGGGAAGAGCUAUGGACGGCGCAUCUGGCGUCUGUGGCAGUGGCGGGAUGAUUGGCGUUGGCGGCGGUGAAGUGGUCGCCGGCGGGAGGGGCGGCAAGUUGUUCGCCGGCGGGAAAGACGCCAGAUGUGGCAUGUACCCGGUGGUGUGCGUCAGUGGCCUUCUCAGCCUUCCCAUUUGCUGUGGAACUGGUGAAUCUGUAGUGUCUGCUUCUUCAGGUUGA